AUUCUUCUUCUUCCGGUAGCUGGGUAGGUCAUCGUCCCGUCGACAUUUUGUUAGCUUCUUAGCAAAAUAAACUGUCGAGGACAGGCGUAGGGCAACUUCGUUGUCUUCAAAGUUGCUUUCUGUCACCUGGCAGAAGAAGACUUGAACAAUGUGGUACGAAAUUUUACCCGGCCUCGGCAUCAUGACGGCGUGUCUAACCAUUCCUGGCAUCGCCACCGCGUAUAUCCACAGAUUCACCAACGGAGGGAAGGUGAGCAUAGACAUGCAAACCAGCACUCUACGGCUGGUAUAUUUGAGUAUAUGUUAUUAUUACUCGUAUUUUGUGUUAUAUAUAGCUUUCUUUACAAUUUCGCUUGCUUCUACUAGGAAAAAAGAAUCGCUCGAGUUCCUUAUCAGUGGUUUCUGAUGGAGAGGGACAAGAGGGUAUCAGGAACUGGGAAAUACUACGAGUCUAAGGUUUGUGUACAUGACUGUAAAGCUACACACUAGGGGAGAGUGGGAAAAAGUCAAAAUCAUCUGGUCUGACACCUAUCUUCUUUCAGCAGUUUUAAGUGUUAGACUUGUUGCAGAGGGCCCUUUUUGUUUUAGAGCCCAUAAAGAGGGAUCAGUCUGUUUCUGAACCAGUUAAAACCAUGUUCAAUGAUGACAGAAAGCUCACACUGAAAUAAACAGGGUAGGAGGAGUACAAUUUUAAAAAAUUGUUAAAAAAAAAAAAAGUGAAUUAAGACAAUUGGUUAAAUUUUUCCAUUGCAGAGGGAGUCUUUAUUUUCUUGCAUAAUACUUUUAUUGCAAAUAUUACAGCAGCUUAUAAACUCACCCUUACAAGAAAAUGUGCAUGACGACUUCCAGACACAAAUAUAAGCCACUCAAAUAAGAGAGUAACUCUGCAGACCCUCAGACCCCACAUUUCCAUCUUGGUGAUUUAAGAUCUAAGCUGAUCACACCUCUCCCUUAACCCUGUUAAAUAUUGGUGACCCUUUUCCUUUUCUCAACGAAAAAGUGACUUGAAGUAUUAAAAGGUUUUGCUCAAGAGUUAAAGUGCUGAUAUUGUUUUCUUUUUCUUCCACAGGGACUUGAGAACAUCCACUAAUGAUGAGCAAUAUGAAGACUCUGACAAGGAGAAAAUUUUUGUGUUGUACAUCAGAUUAUAUUCAGUUGUUUUUGCUGUCUUUGAAAACAGAUGUGUCCCUGUUGUCAAAUAAACUGUUCUAUACUGGAAAUAUUGUUUCAUUUGAUGAGUUCAGAAAGUGAGAGCAGAUAUGUAGCUUUGUGUACCUUGCCGAGGAGUUGAGAAUCCAUUUGAGAGGACAAAGAGAAGUACAAAAGAGGAAAUAAACUGAAACAGAAAUGUGAAAUAAAGCAAUAAAAAAUGGUUGAUUAAAGUUUAUUGACCCCCCUGAUCUCAAUUAAUCCCACAAAUGUACAUGAAAGAAAAUAAACAUUUAUCAACUGAAAGGAAAAACUAAAUAUGGAAAAAUAAUGUACAGUUCACUCCUUUACAAACAUCUUUACAGUCAAAUCCUCCCUCAUUAGAGUACAGUCCACUCAAAGUGAAACAGGCAUUCCUCUUAAAAUAUUCAACAAACAUCACAGAAUAAAAGUUUAAGGUGUCCAAUAACUAAGAGGAGUAGAAAUAUGAUGUUCACUUUUCUUCUUUGCCUUUGGUUUUGCGGUACACCAUCUCCCUGAAGCUGGACAGGAUCUUGCUCUCCCUCUUCCUCCUUUCCUCCUGGUUGAAGGAGGCCAGAGCUCUCUUCUCGUCUGCACUGUAAAUCUGGUUUUCCUUUCUCAGACGCACAGCCUCCAUACGACGAUGUCUGCAGGGUUACGAUUAUCACAUUCAUCAGUACAACAGCAACGUGAGAGACAUCCUUUAGGACUACUCUAUUAUGCCAAACUUUAUAUAUAACAUGAUGUAAAACUAGUUUUAACUAGUUCAGGAUGUAUACAGAAAUCUCUCAAUACAUUGAUUACUGCAGGAAAAUGUAAGUCUAACAGCUAAACAAGACGUACCUGCUGCCGCUCAUCACGUAUCCAGAUUUCUCGAAGUUUGCAAUCUCGUCACUGGUGAGACCGAUCUCUCCUCUUCUGGGGAUACGUUUGCCUGCUUUAACAUACUCCGCCAUAGCAGCACCUUCACCUGGCAACAGGGCAUGACCAAAACUGGAAGACAAAAAAACGCAUAUCACUACAUCAAUGUACUGGUAACUCUGUCCUAAAAUUAGCCUGAAUAUCUGGACAGAACUUUGCGUGACUUCAUCAAUGAGACACUAAGCUGCUUUAUGAGAUAAGUGGAACUUUGGCUUGCUGGUGGCUCUGAAAGAGAAGUCAUUGGAUUUUCUAAGUCAUGAAAUGAAGCCUUUACAAACCCUGAAGGUCCAGAUUGAGUUCUAUAGAAAUCAAACAGUUGUUGACGUGUGAAUGCCACCAUAAUUGUUAUCAUAAUGGAGUAACUUAAUAUAAUGUAAUUGCCGGCGCAGUAGCUAGCGUCAAAUAGACUCACUCUAAAGGCCUGUCGUCCUGGGACAUGUGGGUUAAUGGAGCUUCAGGGCCAACCACAUUUCCAUCUAUGCAGGUUUUCUCCACCCACAUCACCCCGUUAGGAUCCUCCUCCUCUUCCUCCUCUGACUCCUCACUGCUGGAGUUGCUGGACUCCUUGCGGCUCUUCUUUGCCUUCUUCUUCUUGGACUUCUUGGACCUGUUAGUAAUCAAGUAAUGGAUCAGUUCAUUAUUUAUUAUUUUACUUAUCACUUUUAAGGCAGUAAAGGGUCUGGCUCCAAUCUAUUUAGAACUUUUAACCCCCUGUGAGCCAGCCCACACCCUGAGAUCCUAGGGUGGGGGCCUCCUGGUCGUUCCAAAGUCAAGACUUGUAACUAAAGGUGACAGGGUCUUUUCUAUCAGGGCUUUGGAACGACCUCCCCGAGGAGAUCCAGCAGAAACAGUCACUGCUUUUAAAUCACGUCUUAAAACUCACUUUUAUAGACUUGCUUUUAUGUGACUUUGUCUUCUUUAAAACCUUUUACUCUUCUUAUUCAUGUUUCAUAAUAGUCCCCUUGGUCUCAGAAGAUUUUGUGAUUGGGUUCCUGUGUUGGCUGGGUAUCACGGGCUCUUAUAAUGUCUUUGUUUCAAUGACCUCUCAGCUCAUGUGACAUUCAUCAAAGCUUUUAUGUCUUCCACCAAUUUUUAUUCCAUUUUAUUUCUUUAUUGUCAGUAAUGUGACAUUUCCCCCCAAGGCUUCUCUUGUUGUUGUUCUGUUGUUUUUAUCGUCUUUGUUUUCCUGCAUGUUAAAGCACUUUGUAAACUCUUGUCUUUAAAAGUGCUAUAUAAAUAAGGUUAUUAUAAUUAUGAUUAU